GCUUCCUCUUAUCGUCUCCGCCAUCGUUCUCUAGUUGGUUGAGCAACAAAGCCGCUCUCAACUCCUCAAGAGCCCUAGCAAAUGCAGUGCGUACUCCGUCUCUCGCCGCACCCAACUUUCCGACGCUGCUUCUGCAGGUGUUCCGCUCCAGACAUCUCCCAGUACAGGGAGGCCUUUGGCCGGAGAAUGACCAUCGCUGGAAUUAAACCCCAUCAUCGAAUCGCUUUGGGUGUCUCGGGCGGCCCAGAUAGCAUGGCACUGUGCGUCUUAACGGCGGGAUGGAAGUUGAGCGGUUUCAACGGCAAGACCGAGAGUUCAGGGUUUAUUGAAGGGCUUGUGGCUAUCAUAGUGGACCAUAGAUUGCGGGCCGAGAGCACGGAGGAGGCGAUUUUGGUUCGUGAUAGAGUUAACAAAAUGGGUAUCAUGUGCCAGAUUGAGAAUUGUGAUUGGUCGCAUGGUCGGCCGAAGCAUGGUCAUGUACAAGAGGCUGCUCGUGAAAUGAGGUAUCAAAUCUUUCAGGAUGUCUGUGUCAAGCAACACAUUGGAGUUUUGCUUAUUGCACACCAUGCAGAUGACCAGGUGGAGCUCUUAAUUCUUAGAUUAUCACGUAAUAGUGGAGUUCUUGGACUUUCGUGCAUGGCAUUCAUCUCACAAUUGUUUCCCUUGCCACUAGGAGGUAGUGAGAAUUCUGAUGGUAUUUUGUUGGUGCGACCUAUGCUAGAAUUUAAUAAAGAUGACAUGUACAAUAUAUGCCAAGGAGCUAACCAAGAUUGGGUGGAAGAUCCGACAAAUCAAAGUCCGUUGUACACUCGUAACAGAAUACGAGCCAGUCUAAGGAGCUUCUCAUCAGAUCAUUUUCAAUUAGAAUCACAUAGACUUAUCUCUGCUUGUCGGCUAGUUCGUGCAUAUGUUGAGACUGUUUGCCUUAAGAUGAUAAAGGACUCUGUGACCAUCAUGGAGCUUGGAUAUGCAGUUAUUGAUCUAGUGAAGUUAAUGCCAUCUUGCAUUGAUGACCUUUGCUUGUCAAGAUAUGCAGCAUGGAUUUUACAGUUCAUUUCCCAAAGGCACAGACCUAUUCGUGGGCAUACCUCCCAGAUGCUGCUGGACUACAUCCGGAACUUCCCAUGCAAGGUUUUUCAGCUUUUCUAUAUUGUGACCUCACUCACUGUUGCUGGCUGUUACCUUUCCCCUGCUCCACAAUCCAAAGGCACAAAACUUUUGAUUUGUUGUUCUGUUGAUUCACUUCAAUCAUCGAAGAUGGGGUUGUCUUUGAUGUACUCAUCUGGGGAUAGAUCUUUGUUGCAUAAUGAGAUUCAUCAGAUAAUUGCAGAUGCAAAAUCAUACUCUGAUCAAUUUUUCCUUGAAGCUUCUGAUGUAUCCCUCAUGCAUGCAAACUCUUCUGUGUCUGUUCUAACUGAAGCAAGAAGGCGUAAUCUUAUAAGUGACUCGACAUUAAAAUUUAUCUCCUUGUUGCAAGCAGAGGAAAACGAGAAGUUUAGUUCCAAAGGAGUUGAAAGUGACCCUGAUUUGAGACACAAGGUAAAAUGUGCUGGUGCUCCAAGCAUAAGUAUUCUUCCUGGGCAAACAUGUUUCUUCAUGAACAGGUUCUUGGUCACAUGGAGAAUCCAUGGACAUGUUGAAGGAGAUGGAUAUUCUUUGGAGGGAAUACAAGACCAGUCUUGUCAAAUUUGCAGGGUUGAACCAGAUAUGACAUUUCAAGUACGAUGUAUGGUUGAGGCAGAUUGGUUGUUUCUUGGAAAUAUUUUGAAGAACCAAGUAUCUAAAGAUGUCGGAGCUUAUGCUGACACCUCAAUAAAUGGCUUGAUUAAAACUGCAGAAAAGAAAAUGGAGCAUUUCAGAUUCAUUCAUUGGUCAGCACAAAGUGCUUUAAAGGUUUUGAAAUCAAUUCCACUGCCUGCAAGGAAGGGGCUGCCUGUGCUUGUUACUUCAGAAGGUUUACUUGUUAGUAUCCCAAGCAUCGGUUUCAGUGUUUGUCCCCUCCUUGAAGCAGUUUCAGUAUUCAAGCCCAAAGUUCCACUUGGAGGAGGUUAUAGUUCCUACAUUUGAAAUCAGGUGAACCUAGAAAACAACUUUCCAUAGCCAUUCUAAAUCGCAGAAUAAACAAUAACUCCUUCCAGGUAGAUUGGAAUAGAGAUUUAAGUUCAACAAGACCUGAACUAUGAAGCAAAUGUUUGGUUGAAGCUAGCCUAAAACAGUCAGAAUUUUGUGGGCCCAAUCUCAUGUUCCUGGCACAGCUGCCACUCGACUCGGUACAGGACUCAUGCAGUGGUAGUUGGAUAAGUGGUAGAACAUUUGAACUACUUUUAGAGAUCCAUUUUGCUUCAAGGAUGCUGGAGAUUCAUAAUCACCAGCUUUGCAUGAACUCUUCACAAGCUAUUCAACACUGGUGAUAUCCUUUCAGCUCUUAAACUAUCUAUGCAAAGCAAUUGUUGACGUCUUUUCCAAAAAAGUACUCUCUGCACACAUUUGUAGAUGAUGUUACAGUAUACCUGUGCUGUAUCUCAUUGACUUCUUGUUUGAUAAGGUCUUCCAAUAGAGCCAAAAGGACCACUCAUCGAGCAACUGCCCUGCAACUUUACUGUCUCUCCCAAAGUGAACUCUCCACGUACGUGCUUCAGUCGUCAACACAAAAUGAACAUUUUUGUUUGUCUUCUCCUCAAAUCUACCAACUAUUGUUUCUUUUCACGCGUCGUUUUUCUUCGACUGAUGAAGAAUCCAAUCUUGGUUCUAACUUUUCCAGUGUUGACCGUUCAUUGAUAUGAGCUUUGAGGGAUCCUUGUGUUAGAAAAAGCAAACAACAAAGAGAUGGGCACUGAUCCUCAUGCUGUCUCAUAGUGCAAUAAUUCAUGAUGUGUUGUGUUGGCUGUAUUAAUUAAUGUUAAUUAAUUUUGAUAAUCAGAUCAUAUCAUGUUACCUCU